CUCCAGGAGCAGCGACGAGGCCGACGGAGGCUGGGGUCCCGGCAAGUCCUUCCUGGAGCAGGUCACGGCUGAGGUCAACAAGUACUUCAAGCCUCCUCCGCCCGGCGAGGUGGUGCAGCACCGGGCACCUGCAGGGCGCUGCCGUGUGCCUCGCGUCGGUCCUCCGCCUGCGGCCCGGAGCCCCGCCCUCCGACGCAGCCCUCGUGUGCCAAUCAUCAAACUUCCUAUUUCAAGUCCUCGGGCGCGUCGGAGUCCGUCCCCCUCGCCGUCCAGCAGGUCGUCGGCCAGCUGUCGCCGCGGCAGGGAGACCACGAGGCUGUCCCCGCUGCCGAGGCUCAGCCGACGCCCCAGCAUCAGCGCCUCGCUCCCCUCUCCCGGCGAAGACUCGAGCUCCGCCGCCGACGAGGACGACUUCGAGGAGGACACGGAGGGAAGCGAAGACAAGGAGAAGUCCGGCGAGGAGAGCGCAGAGGAGGAGACGGAGAGAAGUAGCGAGGACGGCCAAGGGAGCAGGAGUAAGUCGGAGUCCGCGGGGGAGUCCGGAGAGGCCGACAGCGACCACCACGUGUCCUCCAUCCUCCUGCAGCAGCACCCGAGCAUCACUAUAGACGAACCGAGCGACGACGAUUUCUACAACUGAAUCUCGAGCCCAAAACAGACAGACGCAUUUACAUGAUUAUUUUUCAAACAGGUUCAUAUCAGCAUUUACCUUUACUUUCAUAAGUGUCUUCUCUUUAGUCGAGUUGAGGAGGAAAUAAUCACUAUAUUUGUAUGUGGAACUAUUUGAUAAAAUGCUUUUGUAGCAUCA